GCGUGAGUGAGGGUCCGCCACCAGACCCUAGUCGCCCUUCCUCACACAUGUUGUGGCUGACAGACGUUGGGUCGCCAGGCGUGUAUUUUUACAUAUUUAUAUAAUUGUUUUACAAUUAAUCUGCACAGAACACACGCGAAGAAGACCCGGGGACACUGAUGUGGAGGGCUCUUGGUGCUAUAGUUGACUAUAGAGGCUAGAACAGGCGCCGCGAGCCUACCAAAAUGCCUCGCCACAAAGCUGGUAAGUUGUCUCGGCGCAAUCGUGUUCAAGCCAGGGCCAAGCAAACACAGGAAACAAAACGUUCUCAGUGCUUUGUCAUUAAUCGAGGAAAUGUUGGAAAAGUUACGAAGAAACUCACACAGGAUUUCCGGAGAGUGAUGGAACCAAAUACAGCCACCAAGCUCAAACAAACAAAGAACAAUGCCAUCAAGGACUUCAUAGCAAUAUCAGCACAGUUGAAUGUAACUCACUUGGUUGUAUUCUCUCAGACAAGUGUUGGCUUGUACUUGAAAUUGUGCAGAUUAGCCCAUGGGCCAACACUAACUUUUAAAAUAAUUAACUUUGCCAGAAGCAAAGAUGUUUUGUCAUCGUUAAAGAAGCAAAAUGUAUUCAGUGGGCAGUAUCUAGUGGGGCCAUGCUUGAUGACCAAUUUACAGCCUCAAGAAGGUGACCUCCAUCUUCAGCUCUCUGCUAGAAUGUUUCUAGACAUGUUCCCGACCAUUACACCAAAUCAGGUUAAAACAGAGUCCAUUCGGAGAUGCUGCCUAAUCCAUUACGACUUUGAAGAAGGGCUGUUUGAUUUCAGGCACUAUUCUAUUAAGGUCGUGCCGAUCGGCAUUUCGAAAGCUGUAAAGAAAAUGAAUAAAAGAAAAUUACCUGACCUGAGCAACUUCAGUGAUGUAUCAGAAUUUAUGACCAAGUCUGGAUUACUUUCUGAGAGUGAAGCUGAAGAUGACCCUUCUGCACAUGUAACUGUCGAUGUCAAGGUUGCCCCCAAAAAAUUAGGGCGACAACAAUCUUCAGUAAGGUUAUCAGAACUUGGCCCAAGAUUAUCUCUCAAGCUUUUGAAAAUUGAGGAAGGUCUUCUAGAAGGGAAAACUUUGUACAACAGCACUAUUGUGAAAACUCCUGAAGAAAUACUUGAACUAGAAAAGAAAAAGAAGAGAAAUAAGCAACUGAAAUUGAAACGAAAACAGGAUCAGGAAAUGCAUGUUGAAGCAAAGAAGAAGAAAAAGGAAGAACAUAAGAAAAUAUGUCUAGAUGGCAUGGGUAUCAACAAGAAAGAAAAAGAUAAUGUAGAAAAAGUUGGAGAUGAUGCUGGUUGGGAAGAUGUUCCAGAUGAUGAUGCUCAAUAUUACAGAGAUGAAGUUGGUGAAGAGCCUGAUGCAGACCUCUUCAGUAAACAAAGAGCAACAAAGAGGAAAAUGGGAGGUGGUGGACCUUUUAAAAAGAAGUUCAAGAGUAGCACCAAGACUGAGAAGUUGAAAGCCUCAGUGGACUCUGAUGGACUAAGAAAGAACAAGAGCAAAGAUGUCAAGAAAAUCGGCAUGAAAACCAAAUUAAAUAAAGAAAAGUUGAAGGGAAGGAAAAAACCACACGGGAAGAAGCUUGGCAAAAACAAGCACAAGAAAAAUCGUUAAAAUUUGGUUUCAGAAAGUAGGGAUUUUAUUGUACAUUUCAAAUUAUGGAAAAUAAACAUCUUUUGCA